AUGGAUCACAUAACAACUUGGGCACGUUCCCACAUUGUGCACCAAGAAAGCGGUCUUACAUCAGUCAAUCUUUGGGAAAAUGUGACUUUGAGAUGCACUCGGAAAAGUGAUGAAUCCACAUAUUUUUACUGGUAUAAAGAAACAAUGGGACGGAAACCACAGCUCAUAUCCAGAUUUUUUAGUUAUAAUGAUUAUGCCAUUUUGCAUGAUGAAUUCAAGGAUGAUCCACGUUUUAUUGUUCAAACAGAAAAUGAUUGGAAUAACUUGAAAAUUUUAGAUUUGCAUUAUUCAGAUUCAGCUAAUUAUCACUGCAUUGGUGGCGAUUUCUAUGGGUUUAAAUUUAAAGAGGGAGUGAGUCUCCAUGUAAAAGGUUCAGGUUCAGGAAUCCAAGCUAUCGUCCACCAGCCAGUGUCUGAAUGGGUCCAGCCAGGAGACUCUGUGACUCUGAACUGCACCGUGCGUACUGAGACCUGUGAUGGAGAAGUAAAUGUCUACUGGUUCACCAGCUCUGGAAAAUCUCAUCCUGGAGUUAUUUACACCAAUGGAGUCAAGAACACUCAUUGUGAGAGGAGAGCUGAGACACAAACACUGACCUGUUUCUACAGUUUACCAAAGAACAACUUAACUAGUUCUGAUGCUGGGACUUAUUACUGUGCUGUGGUCUCUUGUGGAGAAAUUCUCUUUGGAAAUGGGACCAACAUAAGUUUUACAAAGGAAUCUCUCGUCUUGGUGUAUUUCAUGGGCAUGGUGUUAGGAUUCACAUCGGUUCUGGCUGUUGUCCUGUCUUACUGUGUGCUCAAGAUGAGAAGAAGAAAGUGUCGUCAUUGCCCAGAGCCAAAUUCUCAACAAAGAGGUUUUGCUGUCACUACUGGGAACAUAGGGGACCAGGAUGCAGAAAACCUCCAGUAUGCAGCUGUAAAUAUAAGGAAGACCAACAGGCCCAGCAGACAAAGGGACAACAGCAAUGAGCAGUGUGUGUACACCACCUGUGUGUACUCCAGUCUAAGACAGUAG